UUAGAAAUCACCUUAAAAGAGCGAGAUGUGGAUUUCCUUGGCGUUCCUUACCUCGGCCCUCCUCCUUCUCGCCCGCAGUACAUGGGUUGUGUGGAAGUGCUGCAGUCCAUGCGCGCCCUGGAUUUCAGCACCAGGACACAAGUCACCAGGGAGGCUAUAGGCCUGGUUUGUGAAGCUGUGCCUAGCACCAAGGGAGCCAUUCGCCGGAGGAAGCCCUGCGGCCGGGCGCUCAACUCCAUCCUGGGCAAGACCAACCUGAAGUUCGCUGCCAUGCCCAUCACACUGACCAUUUCCACCAACAGCCUCAACCUCAUGGCGUCCGACUGUAAACAGAUCAUUGCCAAUCAUCACAUGCAGUCGAUCUCGUUCGCUUCCGGAGGGGAUCCGGAUACGGCGGAAUACGUCGCUUACGUUGCCAAAGACCCCGUCAAUCACAGAGCUUGCCACAUCCUGGAGUGUCCCGAGGGAUUGUCGCAAGAUGUCAUUAGCACCAUCGGACAAGCGUUCGAAUUGCGCUUCAAGCAAUACCUCAAGAACCCUCCUAAACUCGUCACGCCGCAUGACAGGAUGGCCGGGUUCGACGGCUCGGCUUGGGAUGAAGAGGAAGAGCCGCCGCCUCCUGACCACCAAUACUACAACGAUUUUCCGGGCAAAGAACCUCCCUUAGGAGGAGUAGUUGAUCUGCGUUUGCGGGAAGGGGCUGCGGCGGCUCAGACCCCCAACAAUUUGGGAGCCACCUUG